UGCUACCCAUCGAAAUGUGCGACCAUAACGCCGGCUUUUUUGCUAGUAGCCUUACAUAUGCCUCACAUGUACAACGCAAGUGUAAGCUAACGUUGCUGCAUUUGGUGUUAGUGAUGUUUUUGUUUGUUUGUUUGUUUUUAAACUUUCCAAUGAGUGGAGCAACACUCAGUUGAAUUGCCUCUCCGGGUCUAAAAAUACACCACUCACCAAAUUUGUCGGUUAGCUGCCGGAGCUAACUCUGGCAGCUGUCUUGCUCUGUUAACACUGCUUAGCUGCUAGUUUGGGUAAGUGGCUUCUUGGCUUGGUUUAAACCGAACAGAAAUGAAAUAAUGGCUGUGAAUAGUCAACAAGUUGUCUUUGUAUUAGGAUAGCAGUGUUGGCCUGUGGCUGUUGUGUUAUAACAUACUGUCAUAUCACACUUCUGUAAACCAGAACUGAAAUAAAUUGGCACCCAUAACAACGUGUUUUGGAGACAGACAUCCUUCUAUUACUCCAGUUCUACACUUUACUAAACUGACUGGGAUAUAAACCUUUUUAUUCUUCAGAAUAUUACAUAGUACUCCCUUUAUUAUUAUCCUUGAAGUUAUCUGAAAGCAUUGCAAUAAAGAAUAGGCUACAGGCCUACAGGGGGCACUUCCUAAUCAUUUCAAGUUGUUAGUGUUUUUUGUAAGUAGUCUAUGUAUCAUAUUGUGAACCUGAAAAAGUUGAUUAAAAGCUUCUAUUUGGGCGUUUUUGCAUUGUUGCCUUCAAUAAUUGAAUUGUGUGUCGGUGCAGCUUCCUGGAAAUUACAGGAAAUAGGUCAGCAGACUUAUGUGAUAAAUGGACACAAAUUGGUGCUUCUGUUGUGUAGCUGAAUGUGUUAAAUGGAGCUGACAGUGGAUACAUGUAUGUAAUUAUGUUGUGUCAUGUCUGUGAUACAUCUUUUAUGUGUAUAAAAUGUGUUUUGUCCCCCCCCACCUUCAGGAACAGUCCACAGAAACAUGGCUGAGGCAGUAGCAAAUGUGGCCAGAAGGAUCAAUGCAACAGUUGAGGAGGGGAAAGAUAGUUUGGACCUUUCCAGGUGCAAGCUCAUUUCUUUCCCUGACGGUGUGUUCAAGGUGCUGAGGAGUGUCACAGGAAACAUCCGUGUUAUCACGUUGGCCGACAAUGAGAUGAAGUCCGUUUCCAGCAAGGUCUUUUCAACCUUCACUGAGCUGAGAGAACUGGACCUGCAGGGCAACGUCCUCACCAAACUGCCUGACAGCGUGGGAGAAAUGGAGCACUUGACCAGCAUCAAUCUGGCUAAUAACAGCUUCUCCAUCUUCCCUGAUAAACUCACAGAAAUAGCCACACUGGAGAGGAUUAACCUGGAGGGAAAUAGCAUCUCUGAGAUACCAGUGGAUAAGUUGUUUAACAUGCCAGCAUUGAAGUGGCUCAACAUGAAGUCGAAUCCUUUGGACUCAAACACUCAGUCUGCUCUACAAUCAUCCAACAGUGUUGACAUCUUGAUGACAAGAGAGUCCUAAAAUAUGUCUCUACAUAUCUACAGGCUGGAUGCUGCGUGCCUUUAACUACUUCAUUUGAAUGCUUAAGUGUGCCUGAAAGAUUGAAAGACGAUAAAAACACAAUACUUUAAGAUGAUGAGCUGAAGAUAUCAAAGCUAGUUUACAAGAGAAAGGGAAACAGAGGUGUGUAAAGAUGGCGUCCUCUUCGAUUCAGAUACAAAAUUUUGGAGUUGUUGUUUGAGGUGAAAUCAAUCUCAUCUUUCUACAUCUCUUUCUUGACAUUUUAUCUGAGUUCAGACAAAAGCCAGAAAGAAUGACUUAUUUAUUACUUUUGAUAGUGUUAAACGGUUUUUAGAAUUAAAAUGUAUGGACUUG